AGUCGGUUGAAAACAACCUUCAGCUCCUCCUCGUCCUCGUGCUGCUCUUCAGCGCGGCCAACGCCGCUGGCACGGCUGGCCAGGCCGCACCACUCCGUCGGCUGGCUCGGCGUCGCGUUGCGACCGCGCAGCCGGCUCGCGCAGCCCGGCUCGGCUCUGUCCCACCCGGUUUUCGCCCGACUCGGCUUGGCUCGGCUCGGCUCGGCUCGCCGUUUCGUUUAGGCCUCGCGAGUGGGUUGGGUUGAGCGCCAGCACCGCGAGCCCCGGAACGUCGUGUUGCUGGCCAAACGGCUGCUGCUGAAGACACCGACCUAGACGCGGACCAGCCCCGGCGCCCGUCAGCGGACUCCGGAGGUUCCCCAGGGCGCGCGGGUGCACAUCCGUCGUGGCCGGCGACGCCGUCCUCGGCCUCUGCGGGGCCCAGCACUCGGCUGCCACUGCGGUGUUCGCUGUGCUCCUUCCGGACGCCCUUCUUCACCGCCAUGUCGAGGCACAUGUCGGCCGAGCACACCAAGCGUCCCGCGGCGAUGCCGACGACGGCCGAGGUGGCGCCCCGGGACCAGCUGGGCCCACCGGCGGCUAAGCGCCCCGCCAAGCCCUUGCCCAACCUCAUCCCCAUCCAGGCCACGCCCUUGGGCCAAGUGCGCGCCGCCGUCCCGGUCGCCCCGGUCGACGGCGCCGCGCCGGCUGCCAACGCCGACGACGCCCACGCGGCGGACACGGCCAAGAAGAAUAAGAACUCGUUCUUCGACCAGCUGCGGCUGUACCCGGGCAGCGCGCCCGGCGACGGGUCCGAGCUGGUGUGCGUGCACUGCGGACACGAGGCCAAGUGCCUGUCGGAGCUGACGCGCCACAACAAGCUGCACCAGGGCACGUCGCGCGCCCUGGGCACGUCCACGCGCUGUCAGCACUGCCGUCACCGGUGCAAGACGAGCGCCGACCUGGCGCAGCACGUCAAGGCGUGCGCCAAGGCCACCGCGGCGGCUGCGAUGGAGCAGCAGGCUCCAGCAGCGCUCUCGCCCGCGCAGCAGCCCCCGCCAGCCGACGGCCCCAGCGGCAGACUCACGUGCGCCGACGCGGACCUGGGCAUGGAGAGCGACAUCGCGGCCGCCACCGAGGCCAACAACGCGGCCGCGCACGUGGCCGUCGCCGUCAACGACGAGGAUGACGAUCUGUACGUGGGCCCGCCCCUGCAUGACGACGCCGUGCCGAAGGCUGACGCCUCGCUCGUGGGCGUCGAAACGGCGCCCGGGUACGGGUCGGUCUUGGAGAGGGGCGACUUCGAGGCCAAGGCGGCAAAGGAGAAUGUGCCGACACCAGCUGUGGCCGCCAAGAAGGUGUUCAAAUGUCCUCACUGCUCCUUUUGGGCUGCCACUGCAUCAAGAUUUCAUGUUCACAUGGUUGGUCAUGCAAACAAAAAGCCCUUUGCAUGUUCAGUUUGCAUGUAUAGAUCAAAUUGGCGCUGGGACAUCACCAAGCAUAUCAGAAUCAAAGAAGCCCGAGAUAACAACCAUUCUGAUGCCAAAACAUUAAUGACAGAUGAUUCAGGCCGGAGAAACUAUGCAAAAUAUUUCAAGCAUUACAUUUGGCUCAAUGUUGCAGAACAAAUUAUUGAUACUCUGACAUCACUCCUAAAUACAAACAAUAAGCAAAGUGUGAAUGGGGGCCAAGUGAAUCCGACGUCCUCAGAGUCUGUUCCUACUUUACCUGCACCUCCCAAACUCACAAGAGCCCCUGCACCUCGCACUGUUUCUAUUCCCACCUCAUCACCUGGAGCAUUACUACGUCCUCCUCCUCCUCUUCAAGCUGCAGCCCAACAUUCAUCAACUCAGGUCAUCAUUCUACCUGGAGGAGCACGCUUAGGGCAACAACCCCUAGAGCAACCAGGCCAAACAAUGCCCCAGCAGCAGCCACAGCAUUCUCUCAAGAGGCCGGCUGAGACUCCAGUAGUGGGUUCAGACCCCAAAAAAUCAAACCCAGAAAUAAAGAAAACAGUAUGGAGAUGCAAACAGUGCCACUUCAGGGAUGGUGAUAGAGCAGUGGUGCUUGCUCAUGUUAAAGGGCAUUACCGGCAACAACAGGAAGCGUUUGCUCUGGCCAAAAAGAAUUCACAGGCUAGUGGCACACAAGAUACAAACAUUGAUUUACAGAAGAAAAAUGAGGCUCCACCAACCAUAAUACGGAAGGUACCCUACCGAUGUGACGUAUGUCCUUAUGUGUCUAUUUCUGAAACAACCUUCCAAGCCCAUGUGAACUGCCAUAAGGAAAGAAGUGAUGUUCUGUUCAAAUGUUUCUACUGUCCGUUCUAUGUCUCUACUAAAGAGGAAGUAAUUCAACAUAUGACUGUCCAUAAACCAAGUUCAAAGCCAGAAAGUAGUGUUAGUGUCUCUGGAAAGGUUGCAACUCCACAAAAUUCAUCUAUUAGAGAAACUGCAGUAACUAAAGUUCAAAUUAAAAAAGAAGCAGGUCUGCCAGAACAGGAACCAGCCUCUAGCAGUACUGAAGUGCAGUCAGCUAACCAACCACUACGCCCACCACCUCUCGAUUUUACAAACAUGACUGAAGCCCCUGUUUGUUGGGUGUAUCGUGAUGAUAGGCUCCAGAAGAUGUUGCGUUGCAGAUAUUGCCCUCAUGUCAAUUUAAGAAAAGCAAACAUGCAAGAGCAUGAAAAAAUGCAUUUGAAGAGAUCAUCUCCUGGUGGUGAUGGAGCUGAAGGCUCAGGACAGUACUCUCCAUAUCAUUGUCCAGAUUGCAGUUAUGUUUGCAACAAUGCUGGAGUUUUAUCAACUCACACUAAAGUGCACUCUGCAAAUUAUCCACUGUCAUAUACAUUUUAUGACCCCUAUAGGAAUGAGAUUUUUCAAAUGAAAGAAAUAAUGGAAAAGUAUAGUCUUAAAUCAAAAAUUGAUGAAACCCUUUCAAAGAGCUCUCCUCCUAAAGAAGCUGUGGACAUGGUAAAUGAAAAUAAGUUGACUGGGAUAAAUGUUAUGAGUCUGCUUGACCCAAAUCAGUCCCUUACCGAUGCGGUUUUGGCUAUGAAGAAGAAAUUCAACUUAGAGUUGGAUGGUGAACCAUUUGCUGAGCCUGUAGAAGACUCGGCAGAAUCUCCACCAUGUUCUCCUCUAAAGCCGUUAAAUGAUGGUAGUGAUCCUAUAGCAUCAGAUGCUGUUGACGAAAAACAGCUUCACUUUUGUAAUUUAUGCCCAGCACGUUUCUUGUUCCGUAAAGAACUAGGCAUUCACUCUCGUUUUCACAAUUUGUAUCUUGUUCAUAAAUGUGAUCAUUGUACGUACACAGCAAGGCAGAGGCCCCAUUUGCAGGCUCAUUUUAAGGUCCACACAGCAGAUUAUCAAGAUAGAACAACUGCUUUAAUGAACAUGUACAAAGUUCACAAGGAGUUUCCUAUGCCUCGAAUUGUGUCUGACACCACUAAAUCAGGGAUCCCAGGUAAUUUGUGGAUUGUUGCCACUACCCCAGAAUAUGAAGAGCCACUUGCACCUUUACCCCGGUUCUCAUGCCUGAAGUGUCCUGCUGCAUUCUUUAAUAAUGAGGCGUAUCAAGCCCACCUUGCUCUCCAUGGAAGCAACAAUCCUCACAAGUGCCGAAUAUGUGAUUAUGCUGUCAAAAGCUAUGGUGACCUUGUCAAGCACAUGAUGUCACAUGGCUGUAGGCGCACUGUAGCCAAAAAAAUUCUCCAGGGUCAAAUGGAAGUCCCAGCUUCAUUAAGCGGUGACUCAGGAAAUAACAUGAGCAUGAAUCCAUUAGAACAUCCUUCGAUUGUGCAUAAAGAAGAGGCCCAGACAUGUGAUGAUAAUGGCAGUGCUAAUGUAGACAUCCCAUGCCCCAGCAUCAAAAUAGAUGUUGAUGAGAGGGAAGACUUUCCUGAGGAGGUUGAUAGUCUGGAGGGAGCUAGUAUUCAAGAGAAGUCUGAUGCUGAAGUCAAAGAUACGGAAAACAGCCCAUCCAAAUCUCCUUCUUCUACAACUAGUGCUGAUGCGUCUGGGUCCCCAGAGUUUGUUUAUCCAACACUCUGUAGAAAUGGCCGAGUCAAAGUGAAAAAGUAUAAAUGCAAAAAGUGCCCUUCUGCUUUUGAGAAGUAUGAUCAGUUUGUUGUUCAUAUGAGUCUUCAUGGUUCAAAGCAACGUUACAAAUGCCCACAAUGUGAUUAUUCUGUCAAAUUCCUGGCCAAUCACAUUCAACAUAUCCGUAGACAUAAGAUAAAUGACGAAGCAAAAGAGGCUUCAAAGAUUGAUCCAGAAUCAAGCCCAAGUGAGACAAAGGAAAUGGUCCCUGAAGACACUGAAAACAUACCCACCCCUCCUCCAAUUUCUCCAACACGAUCUGCCAAAACGACUGGAGGGAAAGGAGAAAAGCUGUCAGUUGCUGACAAGCAGGCCAUUAUGGUGUUGCAACAACGCCGUGCUAAAAGAGCAGCCAUUUCACGGGAAUCACUAGAUAAAAAUUAUUGGUGCUCUCACUGCCCAUACUCCAGUCCUAGAAGGGAUCAAGUUGAGAGUCACAUGAGGCGCCAUGUUUGUGUCUCAGGUGCGCGGAGUGCAUUUGUCUGUGAUCACUGUGAUUACUCUGUGCCCAACAAGCACUUUCUACGUGAUCACUCUAAACUACAUUUUGACGUCAGUAAAGCCCCCAGACCUGAUGCGUAUAUGAUCUGUAAUGGGCUUGAACUGUUUACCAGUUCUGGAUUUUCUGGUAAAAAUAAAUCUAAAGGAAAGAUCAUGAUAUUCCAGGAUAAAGGAUCUAAUGUUACAUCUGAUCGCUUUCUCCCUCCUCUACCUGCCGAGUUGAAUGAUGACAGCAAUGAUGGAUCAAAUAGAGUUUAUAUAAAUCCCCAAACUUUUGAAUCUGAAAGUUUUAGUGAAAAUGGUAAUAAUAAAGACAACCUAGAUGCAUCAGAAUCUGAUAAUUGUGGUGGAAAUGACAGAGAGGUGGAUAUUAAACGGAAAGAUAAAUCCUGUGAUGGCCCUGGGAAAGAGAAAGAUUUAACAGAACCACCAUCUGCUGCCAUCAGCUGCUCUGAAGCAAGCAGUCAGAGCUCAGCCUCAGUUGUCGAAAAUUAUGUUACAGUAAAUUCAGUCUAAUUCUUGGUUUAUUUAUCGAGCACAAUUUGUGCUCAAUCAAAUAUUUGUGUGAAUAAUUAUUUUUCCUUUCUUAAUGCGUACUUCACUCUGCUCCCAUGUUUUCUUUAUUCAUAUCAUACGUACCAUCUACCAUAUCUUUAGCAUCAAAUUUCCAAGUUGUAAAUAAUUUUACUUGCGUCUUUGAAAAACUCUUCAGUGAUAUUUGUAUGGAUUUAUUGUUUAUGUUCUAGUGUUCUCCUUUUUUUAGACAAAAAGAAAUAAUAUUAAGCUACCUAUCCUUUGCUUAAUCAGGAGCCACUUUGAGUUCUUGUAUUUGAAAAGUACCUGACCUUGAUUUUGAUUAAUAUAUCGUGUCUGUUGAAUUCUUGUCAUUUACUGUAGCCUUUCUAGUGCAUACCAAUCUUAGGAUAAUAAUUAUAGAUUAAGUCUGUACCUGUAAAGGUAUUCAGUUUUGUAAUUUUAUUACUAGAGAGAAUUAUUGUGAUUGACUGGUUGUAAAAAAUAGACAUGUGAUAAUAAUGCUAGUCAAGUGGGUUAUUGUUAUCACAAAGAACACUUUUAAGUUUUAUUUAAUUUUUUUGUUUUUGUUUAGUAGGACUUUUUCUUCUCUCCUGAAGAAAUAAUUGUGCGCAUAGCAUGCCAUUCUACUUGUACCCAUUGUUAGUUACCAUACUAAUUUCUUCGAAUAAAACUUAUACAAUUUUAAAACUUUAA